UAUUAAUGACAUCGCACAAUACUGAUCGUCGAGGUAAUACAGAAUUAUCGCCGGAUUACUAUUGACAAAGAAUACAAAACCAUGUUAUCAUUGUUUUAAUGGCAAGGGAAAUCGAAUUGCCAAGCUAGCGGCUGACAUUGAUGCCACAUUGAUGUCAUUCCUAGUACUAAACCAGAAUCCUGCCAGAAAGAGAGGAAGACUUGCCUUGUUCCAGACAGGUAGCUUGUGGCCAAUGCCACAGGCUGUACCUGCCCAGGGAAUUGGACCCUCAGCACGGCCUGAAUAACCUGCAAGUUGACCCCCGACAGACAUCAGUUGGCUUGUAGAGCGAGCGGGAAUGGAUGCGCCUGAGGUGACGGUGGUCAUGUCCGAGUUAAAUGAACAGCUGGUUGAUUUGGUGUGGGGGCGACCAGCCAGCGGGGGAGUUUCAGAUUCCAUUUUCCGCAGAUGGACGCAAGGGUUUGUGUUCAGUGAGAAUGAACACACAGCACUGGAGCAAUUUGAAGGCGGUCCAUGUGCUGUAAUUGUACCUGUGCAGGCUUUCCUAUUGAAGUCCGUUCUCUUUAACCGAGAGACGAUUAACUGGCGGCACAUGCCAGAGGAGGAACAGAAAACAGUCCUGUGUUCCACACUGAGUGAGAUUCUGGAGUCGGCUUGCUCCGGCUCCUCUACAGGGUUCUGCCUGGUGACGUGGGCUAAGGGUCAGAGCCCAGAUACCUUAAAUGCGCAGCCACCGACCGAGACACAAGACGCGGAAGCACAAGACACGGAGACGCUAGAUACGGAAACACAAGAUACAGAAAGACAAGAUGCUGAAAAGGAAGAUACGGAAAUACAGGAAAUAGAAGAUACGGAAAUACAAGAUACAGAAAUACAGGAAAUAGAAGAUACGGAAAUACAGGAAAUACAAGAUACGGAAAUACAGGAAAUACAAGAUACGGAAAUACAGGAAGUACAAGAUUCUGAAAUACAAGAUUCUGAAAUACAAGAAGUACAAGAUACAGAAACACAAGAUGCAGAAAUACAAGAUACCGAACCGCAAAACGCACCAGAACCGGACGGCAGCCAACCACCUGAGGAGCAACAACAACCCACUGCUUUGGCUGCUGAGGACCUUGGCUUUGAGCAGUUUCACAGUGUUCUUCACAAACGAGCUGUCAUGUCCGUGUCUGACCUCAAAGAGGAGGUGCUUUCUCUCUACCACACCUGGAAGGGGUGCUGCGGAGUCUUGCUUUUCCUGUACUCUGUCAUCCUCACAAAGGGUAUCGACAACAUUAAAAAUGAGAUCCAAGACACGACGGAACCCCUCAUAGAUCCAGUGCACGGACAUGGAAGUCAGAGCCUGGUCAACCUCCUCGUGACUGGCCAUGCUGUCUCUAAUGUCUGGGAUGGAGAACGAGAGUGUUCCGGCAUGAAGCUACAUGGUAUUCAUAAACAAGCAUCAGUUGGCUUCCUCACACUCAUGGAGUCACUCCGCUACUGCAAGGUGGGCGCAUUCCUCAAGUCACCCCAGUUCCCUAUUUGGAUCCUUGGCAGCGAAACUCACCUCUCUGUGUUUUUCACAAAGGAGAUGUCCCUGGUCGGUGAAGAGUGUCCAGCGGAGCAGGCAAGGAGGGUCUUCCAGUCAUUUGAUCCCGAAGACAACGGCUUCAUCGCAGACACGCUGCUGGAGGAAGUGAUGAAAGCCCUUGGCCUUGUCUCGGAGCCUGAAUAUGUCCGUCUGGUCAGGCGCAAACUGGAUCCAGAGGGCUUGGGUAUCAUUCUUCUGGGCCCGUUCCUCUUGGAGUUUUUUCCUAAUCAGGAUUCAGGAAUCCCGGACUCAUUUCCCGUGUACCACUACAACGGGCUUAAGCAGUCCAACCACAACGAGAGGGUGGAGUACGUGGAAGGGACCGCUUUGGUGCUAGGGUUUGAAGACCCAAUGGUUCGAACCGACGACACUCCAGUCAAGCGCUGCCUGCAGACCAAGUGGCCAUACAUUGAGCUGCUGUGGACCACCGAGCGCUCACCGUCACUCAACUAGUCUUGUUUGAGCAACCUGCGGACCACUACUGCCUCCAUUUCACAUAAACACACACACACACACUUGCACGCAAUAUCCACUCUAGGAAGCUUACACAGACCGGGACCACAACUACACACAAAACUGAUGAACUCACUUUUCCAAUUAUGCGAUUGUCUGAUCAGCACGGCUUAACCAUUUCCUACACAGUAUCUUUAUGAUAAUGUUGACAUUUUACAAAGAAAAUCAGUGUGUCACGCAAUCACAUGCCGGAGCAUAUGUAGAGCCGGCGUCACAACUCUACGACUGUUUGAAGGACUGGGAAGAAAAAAAAAAAAAAAAAAACUACCAAAGCCUUCCACGUGAGAACACACUCUUUCACUCAAUGCUAAAAGUUUACAAUGUUAGGACCAACACAGCCACAGAAUGUGGAGAGGAAGAGUGCAGACUGAUUUCGGUACCUCAUGCACCUCAUUAGGAAGUUGGCCGAGCAAUCAUGUAUUUAUUAUUAACACGCUGGAAUAAACACGUUUUUUUUUUUUUUUUU